AUGAACGCUUACGGAUCGCCCUACAUGUACAUGACCGGCCCGGUGUCGCAGCCCCGGGCACCUCUCCAGAGGACCCCCAAGUGCGCUCGCUGCAGGAACCACGGCGUCCUGUCCUGGCUCAAGGGGCACAAGCGUUACUGCCGCUUCAAAGACUGCACCUGCGACAAGUGCAUCCUCAUCAUCGAGAGGCAGAGGGUCAUGGCGGCGCAGGUGGCCCUGCGCAGACAGCAGGCCAACGAGUGCAUCGGUAGCCUGAUCCCCGAGAGCCUGCGAGCAGUGCCCGGGGUUGGGGUUGGGGUUGGGGUCGGGGUCGGGGCGGCGGCGCCUGUCCCCUCCGACUCUCGCCAUCCGCAGCCCAAAGGCGAGGAGCCAGCGUUGCGCUGGGAGCCAGAGCAGCCAGCCAGCCUGCAGCAGCCAGGCACCGACAUUAGAGAGGAACACUUAGAUGGCCAGGUUGCAAACGAGAAUGUGGAAGUGUACAGUGACAAGGAGACAGGCCAAAGAAAUUCUCCAGAUCUGGCGAAAAGUAAGAGCUAUGCAGCCGAAAGCCCUGAAACUUCAGUGGUCGAUGAAGAGAGGCUGGUAAUGCAGAAGAGCAGCAGUACACCAGAAACAACCACAGAAAGUCCCAAAUUCCCUCCAGAACAAAGCCACCUGCUAAUGGAGGGUCUAUCGGGCAGCAUGCCGCUUCCUUUUCCUUUAAAAGGCAACAGACCUCCGAUUGAAGUGUUGAAGAAGAUUUUCCCAAACCACAAACCGACAGUUCUGGAGCUGAUUUUGAAAGGUUGUGGAGGCGAUCUCGUUGGUGCCAUUGAAAUCCUAUUGUCAAGUCGCUCUGCAAUAGGUUCGGAUAGAUCUACAGAAGCCUCAGAUACCUUCUCCUUAUCUUCCAACGGACAGACUUUCUUUGAACAUACAAUUGGCUCCUACCCUAUGUCCUCCUCCAAGUGGUCCGUCGGGUCAGCUUUUAGGGUCCCAGAUUCCUUUAGGUUCUCCGGUGACCCUGGCAAUGUGAUGCCAACGCCCUUGACCAUGCCACUGCAAAACCCAUUUCCUCAACCUCCACGUUACCCGCUGGUCCUGAGGAAUACCUUGACCAGAAACCAGGGAAACCCAUUUGUAUCAAACGACAUGGCUCUGUGGAACACCAUGACCCUCCAACAGCAGUACCAGCUCAGAUCCCAAUAUGUCACACCUUUCCCCAACACCUCAGCUGGAAUUUUUCGCAGUUCCCCAGUGCUGCCCCCUCGUCCUUCGGAUGAUGCUAGGCUUUCCAUUGCAGAUGAAGGCUGUUCUAUGGUGACCAAGCAGCCCAUUUAUACAGAGGAGGACUAUGAUGAAAGGUCUGAUUCUUCAGACUCCAGAACAAUGAACUCAUCCUCUUAGAAGAAAUCUAUCUAAAUAAGA